AUGGGUGAUCUGAUUGAGAAGCCAGGACUGCUGCUCUGCAGGAAGGUUUGCUAUGCUAUCGGGGGCAUUCCCUACCAGAUGACAGGCAACGCCCUUGGGUUCUUCUUCCAAAUCUUCCUACUGGACGUUGUGCAGCUGGAGCCAUUCAAUGCCUCUUUGAUCAUUUUCCUUGGAAGAGCCUGGGAUGCGGUUACUGACCCUGCUGUUGGCUUCCUGGUCAGCAAAAGCCCGAAGAGAAAAUGUGGCAAGCUGGUCCCAUGGAUCGUGUGGUCCAUGCCAUUCGGGGUGCUCUGCUACUGCAUGGUGUGGUUCACCCUCUCGGAUGCCACCCCCACCUCCCUGAAGUUCCUGUGGUACCUGUUCAUGUACAACUCCUUCCAGAUUUGCAUGACUUGCCACCACGUGCCGUACUCUUCACUGACAAUGUUCCUGGGAGGAACCCAGAGAGACCGUGACUCAGCCACUGCCUACAGAAUGGGGAUGGAGUUGUUCAGCGCGCUCCUCGGGUCAGGAAUCCAGGGGCAGAUUGUGGGCAGUUACCAUGCCCACAUGAUGAACAGCUGUUACAUGUCAAAGGAGAGCCUGCACAACACCAGCACCUACAGCCUCACGGACUCUCUGAAGAACACGCGUAGGGCCUAUGUAUUUGCAUCCCUGGCCCUGAGCUCAAUCUAUUGCCUGUCCUGUCUGAUUCUCGUCUUCGGAGUCAGCGAGAAGCCUGGGCCCCUCAGUCCCCUGGGGAAGGUUGAACUGCCCUUCACCAGCUGCCUGAGGAUGAUCAUGGGACACAAGCCCUACACCCGGCUGCUCUGUGGCUUCCUCUUUGCAUCCCUGGCCUUCCAGAUCAUACAGGGGAUCUUUGCCUUCUUCUGUACUUAUGCCGCAGGGCUGGCCGGGAAGUUUCACCAUUUAGUGCUUAUCAUGUUGGUCACAGCUUUGCUCUCUAUUCCCUUUUGGCAGUGGUUUUCAGGGAGAUUUGGAAAGAAAACAGCAGUGUCACUGGGCCUGGCGGUGAGUUUGCCCAUGGUUGUGGCUGUGGACUGA